AUAGAACUGUAUUUCCUGUAGCUCUUACGAAGGUCUUUGGAGUGGUGAAUUUGUGGUGUGUCGGACACACGUGGUGGUUAAUUGUGAUUUGUGUUUCAACGCAUUUUAAUUUUUUGUAAUUAUUCUUCGUAAGAGCAGUGUCAACACGUUUGCAUAAUGGCUGCAGUGUCUGCUAAGAAACCCUCGUCAAAAAAGCAACAUAUUCGAGGUAAAGGCAUAAAGAAGAAGAAGGUUACUCUUAAGUUCACUGUGGAUUGUGCCCACCCUGUUGAGGACAAUAUCAUGGAUGUCGCAAAUUUCGAGAAGUACCUUCAGGAACGCAUUAAAGUCAACGGAAAAACCAAUAAUUUUGGGAACAACGUGUCUCUGGAGAGAAACAAAGCGAAAGUUUCCAUUAAUUCUGAUGUACCCUUUUCGAAGAGAUACUUGAAGUACCUCACCAAAAAAUACUUGAAGAAAAAUAAUUUGAGGGAUUGGCUGAGAGUUGUCGCCAACGGCAAAGACACUUACGAAUUGAGGUACUUCCAGAUAAACAGCCAAGAAGACGAGGAAGAAGAAGAUAACGAUUAAAUGUAUGUGUAAAUUUUUGUAAGAUCAAUAUUGUGAGUGCCACGGUUUUCCCUGGCGUUAAAGUGGAAUAAAGUAUCUAAUGUGAA